AGAUUUCUUAAAGUGUGAAUCGUAAUGCCCAAAAACAGUAAUUUUGAAGAUGACAUUGCGAUGGCCUGUAUCAUCGUGAUAGGAGUUUUUGGGCUGAUCAGCAAUGGUUUAUCUUUGUACUUAACACGUACGAAGUCACGAUUUCGUAAUGCGUUUGGAAUUUUAUGCAGUAGCUUUCUGAUAUGUAAUUUGCAAGCUAUAUUUGUUCUUCUUACAUGGUGUACCAUUGUCCUGAGCUUCAAAUCUCCAAUACUAUCAUCACCGGAAUUGUUUCUCGCACGAUUUGUUGGACUUUUAGUAAAUGGAGCAUGGUUUGGAUCGAUUUUAGUACAUUUUUUCAUCGCUGUUAAUAGAUUUUGUGCUUUUGUAUAUGCAAUAAAAUAUAAUCAGUUAUGGUCAGCAUUCAUAGCUUUAUCCAUUGGAAUUUGUUCAUGGAUAUUUGGAUUGCUUUUCUCCAUUCAACACCUAUAUGAAGAAUGUUCAUUUGUAUUUAAUGAAAAGUCAAAUUAUGUCUUUUCCUAUCAAAAUUCUUUCCACGGUAAAAUAUGUUCCUACGCUGAUAUUGUCGCAACAAUAGGAAUAGUAACAGGAAUGGCAUGCAUCGAUUUCGUUACAUUAAUCAAAAUAAUUGCAUAUCGUAAAGCAGUGCGAAGAAAUACGACAUUGUCAACUAGUGAUUCCAUUAACGAAAGGGAGAUAUUAUUCUUUAAGCAGUCCUGCAUACUUGGCUUACUAUAUAUCUCGUGCUCUGUGGUGUUCAAUACUGCUCAAUAUUUGUCUGUCGAUAAAUGGUUUCUGUUUGCUUCCAGUACGAUAACAUGGAUUCUGACACAAUCUUUAGACGGAUUGGCCUUUCUGAUUUUCAAUCGUAAAAUUAUCUGCAAGACAAGUUUCAGUACAUCGACAGUAAUACCUGUAAGACACUUAAAUUGGAUACAAAGUGAUUCAUGGAAAAUCUUACGACAGGAAAAUCUUACGCUUAAAAACAGGUACCGACCACUGGUAAUGCCGACGUUGGUUUUCACAGUUAUUGUUUCCGGACAUUAUGGUGCAUUUGAAGAAGCAAAUGAUACUGUCUUCAAUAUGUUCAGAAAGUUAUUCGGGUCAUCGGGUUCAUUGUUGAGACUUCUCAACUGUUUGGAAUGA